UCAUCAGACGGUUUAGCAGGCUACGGUAUCAGUCUUGUCGAGUCGUAGGACUCAGAGACACCUAACACAACUUGCUUGAUUGCACGGCGGCCGGUCCGCUGAGUUGAAGCAUUAAACGGUGGGAGAAAACUGUAAUCUGGCAAAAAGUCUUUAUUAAAGGGAAAUAUAGAUAUUAGAAGGAAAGUGUUCUAAUCGCUAUUAACUAAAACAAUCACAUAAAUAUACACACACACACACAUAUAUACUUGCGGAGGAUUAUCUAACUGCUUAACUUAAAUGAAAUAAGAGAGCGUCAUGCACAGUCAGAACCUUCUGCUGGUCAUCUUCUAUUGCUGGGUUCAAGCCAUCACUGUAUAUGCGAAAGAUGACAGUUCGACAGUAACAGGGCUUCUUGGAGAAGCCGCUGAGCUCCCAUGUAACGUCGACGUAGCCUCGUGUGGCGAGGUGUACUUCAUUACGUGGACAAAAAACACAACUAGUGAAUGGAAAAGAUUGUAUCUAUAUAGCGACGACGUCGAGAAACCUCUGCAGGAACUAGCCAACCCAGACCGCGCUGACUUUGUCGUCGAAAAAUCCACUGCUCAUUUGAGAAUUUCUCCGUUACGGAUGGAGGACGAAGGGAACUAUAAGUGUGACGUCACUUACGUGCAAGGAAAGUGCCCCUCUCUAUCUUAUGCUAAUCUUGUUGUAAUUGCAAAACCAAGUCCUCCAGUAAUAAGUAAAGAUGGAAAUACAUUGAAAAAUACUUCAACUGUCGGCCCUUUCCUCGAGGGAGAAACGCUAACUCUUGAAUGCAGCAGUGCCGGAGGAAAACCUCCACCAGUAGUGACCUGGUGGAACGGAAGUGAAAGCCUUCCGUCCAAUUCUAGUAUCAGAGAUGAGGAGCUAGGAACCAGCAAAGUGAGAUCUUUCACUCGUUUUACUCUUUCUAGAAGCGACUUGGGUGCAAAACUGGAAUGUAAAGUGAAGAACGAUGCUAUUGAACGUGACCUAAUAUCAUGGGUAGAAUUUGAUAUUCACGUAAAACCGUCUUCAUUGAAGAUAGAAGGACCAAUUGUUCCCGUAAUUUCAGGCCAUACAGUGUGGCUCACUUGUACGGUAGAGGGCGCAAAUCCUGCAGCAAACGUCACGUGGUAUAAUCACACAAAAGAGGUGGAGCCUCAACCUCAGUCUUAUUCUGAAGUAAUGAAUGAUGGCACUUUCAAAACAGUCAGUCAAUUAGAAAUUGUUGCUUCGUUGUUUGACCACCAGGGGACGUUUUAUUGUAAAGGAACUAAUCCAGUGCUGCACAAAAAUGGCGACGCUGCUCUCUUAAAGUCAUUUGAUUUAGAAGUUUUACAUCCCCCUGUAGUAGAAGUCCAACCAGCGGGCGGCUUAGUUGUUAAGGAAACCAACGAGGCGAAGAUCUUCUGCACAUUUAAAGCUAAUCCGUCCAAUGUAACUGACGUCACUUGGUAUAAAGAUGAUGUGAAAGUGUCCGUUAAUGAAAAUGAAAGAUUUAAACUCAACGAUCCGGGAGUACCAACACUGACCAUUCGAAAUGUUUCUCGAUUUGACAGGGGAUUUUACUUUUGUAGUCUCAGGAAUAGCAUUGGUGUAGGGAAAGCGGUCAACUCGGUAGAGAUCAAUAUAUUAUACCCACCUGCAGUGCAGGCAUCUGUGUUUCCCGCCACUGUCAACGAAGGCAACGACGGAAGCGUUUCUCUCAAGUGCGAUAUUGUAGACGGAAACCCGCAAAAUCUUCUCCGUGUCCGAUGGUAUAAAAACGACGAAAUGCAGAACGAGGUUACGGAAAAAGAGAUUGUUUGGCAGAACCUAAGCAGGAACUUCACCGCUAAUUUCACUUGUGAUGGGGAGAACACCGCUGGAUGGGGCGAACGUUCUGAGCCGAAGGAGCUUGUAGUGAAUUACCUCCCAGGACCAGCUGUUGUAAAAGAAAGUACUACAGCAGUAAAAGGUCAUCCAAUCACAUUAGAAUGUGAGGUGGAAGACUUGGGUCGUCCACCAGCUUCAGUGUUUCGAUGGGAAUAUCUUGAUGAAGUUCUCCAUGACACUACUCAUAACCUGACUGUUGAAUCCACGGGUCUUGAUACGAGGGGAAAAUACAUGUGCUCUGCUGUGAACUUUGUUGGUACUGGUCCAAAGGGGGAGUUUUAUCUAUCACCUAAAGCACCCCCUGCAGUGAUUAAUCCAUUGCCGGAUAUGUAUGGAGCUCCCUCGGACGCUACAAAUAUCAGCUUAUCUUGUAGAAUCGAAUGUGAGCCACUCUGUCAAAUAGAAUGGCGUAGGAAUAGAACAAGCAUAGUAGAUUCUGAUUUUUAUUUAAUCAAAACAAUGAUUUUGCCAGAGGACGUGUCUACUGGAUAUUUUACCUCUCUUGUAAGCACCCUUCAGUGGAACAUGUCGGCCUGGCCGGAAGGCAGUCUUGACCGUAACAGGGAUAACGCCAAUUACACAUGCUUAAGUAGUGGAAACAGUGCUGGAUCGGGCGUCAGUACCACAACAGUUUUCAAAGUUGAAUUUCCUCCCGAGAACAUAUCGCUAUCUGCCAGCCAACUAGAAGUUGUGGAGGGAGAAAUUCCAGAGAAAAUUAACUGCUCAGCGAACUCCUGGCCUCCAAGUCAGUACACGUGGAAAUUCUCCAAUAAAAUUAUUGCUAACUCUUCACAGCUUUUCCUUAAUGACAUCAUUUCCCGCUCGAAAGCAGGAAGCUACUUAUGUGUGGCUAGUAACCAGCACGGCAGUGCAAAGGCCAAAGCUUUUAUUAACGUUUUGUAUAAACCAGAAUGUAACAUUUACAAGGACAGAAAUGAAAAUAAAGAAGCCACUCUGGUUUGCAAUGCUCAAGCAAAUCCUACAUCUGUGAACUUCACUUGGAUUAAGAACAACGAAACUCUGGAGAAGUUUAUUGUAACGGAAAGAACUACAAGUAUUCUAACGUUGGGAGACUCUGUUUCAGAACACUAUGGAAAGUAUUAUUGUAUUGUGAACAACAGAGUAGGAGAGUCCAUUCCUUGUACUUUAGAACUUACAGGAGUGGUUGGUACAGCAGGCUGGGGACUAGACUUUGGUGAUGAAAAUGUGGUUAUCACUGCUGCUGUUGUUACUGCUGUUACUGUUAUAUUUAUCAUCGUAAUUAUUGUUAUCAUCAUAUUAAUAAAAAGAAGAAGAACUCACACCGGUCCGAAAGGCACACUGGAAGAAAGGGAAACACCAGAGGGUAGAGUGCAACCCACAGAAGCUACGCCUGUUCCCAAACCUGGCUUUCGCAACUCGUUUAAUACAAACGGAAGUCCAAACCUGAAAAACGAAAACACAGAUUCUGGUAGUCCCAAUAAAGUCAACUCAGAUGGUGACCCAGUCUAUCAAAACGUCACAGCAGUAGGCAGAAAGGAAAGUGGAUCCCACGUGGUUGAACAAGAAUGCAGGCCGAUGUAUGAGAAUAUGACAUUUCACCAAAGAGAACCCAAGGGGCCCUUAAAUUCACCUAUCCCCGCAGCACGCAUGCGUACAUCAUUACCAACUAAUUUCAAACACGUUUACCAGAAUAUUCACCAUGACGUCAGAAACGACACUCCUUCCACAUCCACGAUCAGUUCAGAGACUAAUUUACCUCGUCCACGAAACUUUAAACAUUUGAAUAUCAAGAGCCUUCGACCAACUAAUGGAAAGUCCACAAAGCCCAUAAACCCAAUCAUUAAUCUUCCUGUUAUUUUAUCACGUUCAUUUAUAAAACCACUCGACAAGAACCAAAACCAGCAAACCGAUGUGACUUUUGACCCACAGGGGAGCAGUGAGAGAUCUAAAACUUCUUUCGAGGAUAAGCAUAUGGCUUCAGAAAAACUUUCCAAGAAUCCCUCCUUCUCUACUAAUAACGAAGGUCUGGUCUACGCUGACUUAUCUUUGCCACACAGUGGUGCAAGACCCGUAUUUAGGAAAAACGCACCUACUGAAUACGCUACGCUGAAUUUCACAGAGGAAGGGGAGUAUGCAGAUCAAACCUUUCAACCCAGACAUAAGUGACAACAUGCUUUAUGUUGACAUGUAUUAUAACGUCAAAUUGGGGAAGAUCCGAGAUCCGCGGAUAAAGCCUUUGUUGCCUCCACAAGGAACCAUCUCUUCCUCCAAAGACAAAACCUAAGUCCACUAACCAGCAUCCGGAAGAUUAGAAACUUCUAGUUUUCUACGACAGGCUAUAUAGUUGUGGAUCUAAACUUCUGUGUCGGCUGCAUAUCAACCUGUUGAAAGACGAUCUGGUACAAAACUAUUUUGGUGUGAUUACUGAUCAUACUGUUCCAAAGAAACUGUGGUUUAAGACUCUUCAUUAAUAUUUAUGAAAAGUUUACAAAAACCAAAACAAAAGAGUGUGAUCUUAGUCAAGCUUUAUUUCUUUUAAAAUAUGUUUGCGCUAUCUUUGCUAUUGAAGUAUAAAGUUAUGAUUACAUAGCUCGAGACUUUAGAGUUGUUAGUAUGUUUAAGUCUCUUUAAAAUAUAACUGCGAUAGAUGUUGUUGUUGGUAUACCUGUAUGCAUAUCAAGAAAAAUAGAUAAUUUAAUAAUACACGACCGCUAGAUUUCUCUUUAUAUGAAAAAUCUUUUUAUUCAAACAAAUCUAACAACAUUUACAGAGGAAGUUAUCUAUUAAUAGAAGCGUCUCUCUCUCUCUCUCUUUUGUAACGUUAUAGUCUCGUUUAGAGGUAAGGUAAGCCUUAUAAGGAAGAAAUGUGUUUGUUUUGUUGUAUACGUAGUAGACAUUUAAUAUCCCUUGUAAAUUUAUCAUUUCUUAGAUAUUGUGCAUAGUAAAUAAAUACAGUUUUUGAUAUAAAUAUGUCAUUUCUAUAAAUUUUAUAGGGUUACUGGCACCAGGUGGUUGAUUGGCUUGCUGAAUUAUCUUUAUAUGUGCUUUGAUUAUCUGAGGCACUUAUCCUGUAAAUAAACUGCUAUAGUCAUAAUACAACGUCUUAAAUAUAACCUGCGCUAUUGACUAUUGUUUUAAAUUAGUCAGUAAUGUGUCAUUACUGGGAAGUCUUCCUGAAAAGAUGGACAUUGUUUGUUCGUAACAUCAUUACAAUUACUUAACAAUAAAAAAAUGAGGUUGGUUAAAAGAUGUAAAAAUGAAUACGGUCGUUUCAAAUGAUAUAGUUUAAGACAAAAGCGUUAAUUUUUGAACGGAUGGUGGUUUUCCAGCACUUAAUGUUUUUAUUAGUGUUAAAGUCUGUGUGAUGUACUUUUAACAGAAUUAUUUUGAACUCGUUUUGUAGAUUAAAACAGUAAAACAUUAAAAUAGUAAGUUAACCUCGUUUAAGUUGGUUAGAGAGAGAUUUAAAAACCCAGUUUGUUGUCAUUUUGGCUGUCACUUAAUAUAAAAUAAUUCGGCUCUAUAGUAAUGUGACACGUAUAUCACUGAACACAGCAAAAUGAAACAGCUUUAGUAGACGUUUUGUACAAAAGAUGGCGUUCAAAAUGACGUAAUUGUAUUUAAUAUGUCUUGAAAACGUAAAACUUUCAGAUUAGAACUGUCUACAAGGAAUUCAAAAGAAGCCUGUGUUUAGUAUAACUUAUCUUACAGAGGUAAUUAGGGUUUUAUUGUAAAUAAACAUUAGGGAAACACAGAACGCUUACCCUUACCUGUUUAUAUUCCAGACCGGAAGUAAAUCUCAGAGGUAUUGUUGUUGUAAACUUCUUUGUGUUUAUUCUUUAAGAAAUAUGCAGUGAAUACAAUUUUUUCUGACUUGAAGUUAACUAAGUGCAGGAUAUUAUAACAUUUAUCCUAAUAACCGCAUGUUAUCUGAAAUUAUCCAACACGCUAAAAUGCUUGCCAAUUUCACAGUGAUGUAUUAAAUUUCAUAUAAUAAAUAAGUAUAAGAUAUUGUACUGCUGAUGUAUUAGGCUUUAAAUAAAAAUUUUAAGCUUUUC